CCAUUUCUGCGCGGGCACGCCGCCGUUACACAAGCCUACUGCGCGUUCACAGGAUUUCUGGGCGCCGUGGGCUGUGAGUGAGAGUCGGACACUGCAGUUUAUAGUUAUGUGGACUCAUGCUGUUGGAUUUGCAGCACUACCCCAUGUGGGUGGAUACUUUGGAUGGAUGUUUACCAGAAAAAGUGUGCCUACCUGGUAUGAGACUUUAAAUAGACCAUCAUGGCGCCCACCCAAUAAGGUGUUCCCAGUAGUUUGGACUACUCUUUACACUGGAAUGGGAUAUGGCUCUUAUUUAGUUUGGAAAGAGCUUGGAGGGUUCACUGAAGAUGCCGUUGUCCCACUGGGGCUGUAUGGAGCACAACUGGCUUUGAACUGGGCUUGGACUCCCAUUUUCUUUGGGGCACACAAAAUCAAAUGGGCUUUUUAUGAACUACUGGUGCUGUAUGGGACAGUGGGGGCAACAAUGUUUUCUUGGUACCGAGUUAACAAAACAGCCACCCUUCUGAUGGUGCCCUAUUUGAUGUGGCUUACAUUGGCUGCAACUCUUAACUACCGCAUCUGGAGAGACAACCCUGAUAAAAAAGAGGACUAAGUGCUUGGUGUGAUGCUGCACCAAGACAAGACAUUUGGUAACAGAUGAGGUUUAUUAUUUCUCUUUUCCUCAAAUCACAUAUCAUGACACAGAUGUGCCUACUCAAUGUUUUAUGGGUGUCAUAUAUUGCUUGUGUUUUUUGAAUGUGGUGGUGGAUUGAAAUGAAUCAUGCUUACAUUUGGAGAUAGGAAGCAAGACUUGUCUUAAGCCUAUAAAAGUAAGGUUUUUUUAAGGUUUUAUACUCGGUGAUCUAGUUGUGCAACAUACAUUAUACAAAUACUAAUUAACAAAGUGUAACUCCAGUUGUAAUUAGACAUAAUAUUACUAGUCUGACAAAUAAAACAGUUUUGCAGUUUAUAAAUUA